ACUACUGUGUACAGUGUGUACUUCAAUGCAAGUAUCCUGAACUGUGGAUUUAUCUCAUGAGCAAGAGUUUGGACGCAACCUUUUUCCAGACGUCAGCAAGGAUGCUUCACUUGACGCUGCACCACAUCUUCUCCACGCUUGUGCUCUGCAGUGCUGCGGUGAUGGCUGAUGGAGAAUGCCCACCAGUGUGCUCCUGCGCCGCCUCGUCCCAAGCGUGUCCGGCGGGCGUCAGCUGGGUGAGCGACCACUGUGGUUGCUGUAAAAUAUGCGCACGGCAGUUCAAUGAAGACUGCAGCGCCACGCAGCCCUGCGACCACAUCAAAGGGCUACGCUGCCACCUGGGGGCUGGAGGAGACCCCGAGAGAGGACUGUGCCGGGCUGAGACGUUCGGUCUGCCAUGUGAGUUCAACGGCCAGUUGUACCAACACAGUGAGAACUUCCAGCCCAGCUGUCAGCAUCUGUGCACCUGUAUGAACGGAGUGGUGGGCUGCAUGCCCCUUUGUCCUCACCAAGUGCCUCUGCCCAACUGGCAAUGCCCGCAGCCCCGGCUGGCGAGGCCUGAAGACGGCUGCUGUGAGGAGUGGUUUUGUGAUGAUGACAACCGCAUCAGAGAGGAGCCAGAGGAGCUGUCACGCAUCCCUCUGUCGGACGGUCAGCAUCAUCAAAACCACAUCAGUGCCUUGCUGCCACUCAAGCCACGACCUCGCCAGCCACCCACCGGAGGAGCCAUGUUCAGAGAUUCAUUCCUCACAUCUGACAUGUUGCUGGAGACCAGCUGUUUCUCACAAACCACUGAGUGGACAGAAUGCUCUACCUCAUGUGGGAUGGGUCUAUCAAGUCGUGUUACCAAUGACAACCCAGACUGUCAGCUGAUCAGAGAAACCAGGCUGUGCCAGAUUCGACAGUGCGACCAGGAGCUGCUUCUUGCUAUUUGGGAAAAGCAGGGUAAGAAGUGUCAGAGAACUGUACGGCCACAGGAACCAGUCAAAAUGACCUUUGCCGGAUGCUCUACCAUACAACGAUACCGCCCUCGCACCUGUGGAUCUUGCACGGAUGGGCGCUGUUGCAGACCGUCUGUUUCUCGCACCGUGCGGCUGCGCUUCCUUUGCCCGGACGGUGAAAGCUUCUACAGAAAUGUCAUGUGGAUCCAACGCUGCAGCUGCAGUACCAGCUGCCAUGCACACAGCAGGCCCUCAGGCCCUUCACUCAGCCUCCACAAUGACAUUCACACCUUCAGGCACUGACUCAUCAGGCCAGAAAGACUCUUCAUCUACCCCUUCUACCCCUUUAACUCCACCCUUGGCAAUAUACUCGCUUGCACUUGAAGCUUCCUGCCACAAUGACAUCAGUUUCAUUAGAGGUGUGUUCCCUCCUUGUCGCACAGGAGAACACACUGUGCAGCUCUGUGAGACUAUCGGCAUAAAGCUUGUACUGAAAACUGAUUUUAUUAUUUAUUUGUACAUGUUUGUUCACUUCAUCUGUUUCUACAGAGACCAGUAAAGACCAGUAAAAAUGUAAAGACAUGAUGCUUUUUGUCAUGCAUUUGC